CGGCUCCCUGCGCGCCGCCGUGGCCGCCCCGCCCUCGGCUCCACGUGCCGGUGGCGCCUGCAGCCGAGCCUGUGCCAUGGAGCCCGCCGAGGACGGCCCGGGCGCCGCCGUCCAGCCCCCGGAGCCGCAGGGGCGCGGCCGCUGGAGCCCGCGGGGCCUGCGGGGAGCGCUGUCCCCCGACGUGCGGCGGGAGGCGGCGGCGCUGGCGGCGCUCGCGGGCCCGGUGUUCCUGGCGCAGCUGAUGAUCUUUCUGGUCAGCAUCGUUAGUUCCAUCUUCUGCGGACACCUGGGCAAAGUGGAGCUGGACGCCGUGACGCUGGCCGUCUCCGUUGUGAAUGUCACUGGAAUUUCAGUAGGGACUGGCUUAGCCUCGGCUUGUGACACGCUGAUGUCUCAGUCCUUUGGAGGCAAGAACCUGAAGCGCGUGGGGGUCAUACUCCAAAGGGGCAUUCUCAUCUUGCUGCUCUGCUGCUUCCCUUGCUGGGCCAUCUUCCUCAACACAGAGCGCCUGCUCCUGCUGUUAAGACAGGACCCGGAAGUGGCCAGGCUAGCCCAGGUUUAUGUGAUGAUUUGCAUCCCUGCUCUUCCUGCAGCGUUCCUCUUCCAGCUGCAGACACGGUAUUUACAGAGCCAGGGCAUCAUUAUGCCCCAAGUUAUUGUUGGGAUCGCGGCAAAUAUUAUCAACGUGGGCAUGAAUGCCUUCUUGCUGUAUGCCUUGGGCCUCGGAGUGGUAGGGUCGGCCUGGGCCAACACCACCUCGCAGUUCUUCCUGUCCGCCCUGCUUUUCCUCUACGUGUGGUGGAAAGGAAUCCACACCCACACCUGGGGAGGGUGGACGAGGGAGUGCUUCCAGGAGUGGAACUCCUACAUCCGCCUGGCCAUCCCCAGUAUGUUCAUGGUGUGCAUCGAGUGGUGGACCUUCGAGAUUGGGACCUUCCUUGCAGGCCUUGUUAAUGUCACAGAACUAGGAGCUCAGGCCGUCAUUUACGAACUGGCUUCUGUCGCCUACAUGGUGCCCUUUGGCUUUGGUGUGGCUGCCAGUGUCCGAGUGGGCAAUGCUCUGGGGGCAGGGAAUGCCGAGCAGGCCCGGUGUUCCUGUUCCACCGUUCUUCUAUGUGCUGGUGUCUGUGCGCUCCUGGUGGGAAUUCUGCUUGCAGCCUUGAAGGACGUGGUUGCCUACAUAUUCACCAAUGACAAGGACAUCAUUUCCCUUGUGAGUCAGGUGAUGCCCAUUUUUGCUCCCUUCCAUCUGUUCGACGCACUUGCAGGCACCUGUGGCGGGGUCCUGAGAGGGACAGGAAAGCAAAAGGCCGGUGCUGUCCUGAACGCCAUUGGUUACUAUGGGUUGGGCUUUCCCAUCGGCGUGUCUCUGAUGUUUGCUGCUAAACUUGGGAUAAUAGGCCUCUGGGCUGGACUGAUAGUCUGUGUCUUCUUCCAAGCCCUCUCCUACCUAAUCUACAUCAUGAGGACAAACUGGAGCAGAGCAGCAGAGCAGGCACAAGUCCGAGCUGGGUUAAAAAGCAACAAGGAGACGACACCCACCCCAGCAGAUCUGCCCAUCUUGGAAAGAGAAGUUGUUGAUGGAGUAAUUUUGCCUGAUAUCAUCAGGCCAGAGAACCAGACUGGCCAGCUGGUAGUACAAGAAAGCAGCCCAUAUGCAGUGCCCACUGUCGGGGAGGUCUUGACAGGAAGGCAGCUGGUCAUCUACCGAGGGAUGGCUCUGGCUGUUUCUAUUGCUGUCCUCAUAGUGGGAAUUGUAGUGCGAGUUUCCAGUGACCGUGGCUAAGAAAGGAUUAUCACUGGUCUGUGGACUGGUGACAACUAUGUGCCAUGUCCCGGGCAUGGAUGCGAGCUAUCAUUGGUACAGAAGCGUCUCUCUCAGCUGUGGGUAGAAAGGCUGCCAGUAAGCCGUCCUUGGUCACGCUGCCAUCCUGCCCCCUUGUAAUGCAGGUCAAGAAAGGAGCAGUAUAUUUGCCUAGUGUGCACCAGGCCCUUGUUUGAUGUUCAGCACUGGGGCGGGGGAGGGAAGAAUGAACAAAUGAACGAAUAAAUGGCUAUCCAAAUUUGGGGGAGUGCUGGGGACAGAACCCAAGGGCCUCAGCACAGGUAGGCAAGUACUCUAUCACUGAGCACCCCAGAGCCCAGAAGCUCUGCUUUUGAGAAUGCUUUUCUCUGUUGACUGUAUCAUGAUUUCCGAACACGUCAGUUUGAUUCUCCUGCUGUGAGCGUGCCCCGCUCUCCCGCACGUCUUCUGCUGCUGCAUCCUCACUGUGAGUGAGGAUCAGGAACCAGUUCUAGCUCUGUCUGGGGAUCCUGCCACACAAGUGUUUAUGAA